AUGAACACUACAACUCUCUCUAUAAACUCUUGUCUUCCUUCAUCUUCUUCACACCCUCCUAUCACCUCUCUUACAUUUCAACCUUUUUCACCAUUACGACCAAAACCCAUUACUCUUUCUUGUAGAAAACCACAAUUACGCUAUUUUCAAGGGCUAAAAACGGUCCAGAGUAGAAAAAGUUUGGUGCUUGAAGCUACAAACAUGGAUAAAACAGAGGUUGAGUCUCAUGGUGAAGAGGCUACGGAAGAGGGUGGUUCUUCUAGUUUGGUUGACUCUGAAAAUAAGAGGAAUUUGAAGCCUCGGAGAAUUGCUCUAUUUGUUGAGCCUUCUCCAUUUGCAUAUGUCUCAGGAUACAAAAACCGGUUUCAGAAUUUUAUCAAAUGCCUUCGUGAAAUGGGAGAUGAGGUAAUGGUUGUGACAACACAUAAAGGAGUGCCCCGGGAAUUUUACGGAGCCAAAGUAAUAGGAUCUUGGAGCUUUCCGCUCCCUUGGUAUCAGAACGUACCUCUCUCGUUGGCACUUAGUCCAAGAAUAAUUUCAGAGGUAGCUCGGUUUAAGCCUGACAUAAUACAUGCAUCGUCACCAGGCAUAAUGGUUUUUGGUGCUCUUAUCAUUGCUAAACUUUUGUCGGUUCCAAUUGUCAUGUCUUAUCAUACCCAUGUACCAGUGUACAUUCCAAGAUAUACCUUUAGUUGGCUGGUGAUACCUAUGUGGUGGGUCAUAAAAUUUCUUCACCGAGCCGCUGACCUGACUCUGGUACCAUCUGUUGCCAUUGCGAAGGAUCUUCAAGCGGCAAGAGUGACAGCAGCGAACAAGAUUCGUCUUUGGAACAAAGGUGUUGAUUCUGAAAGUUUUCAUCCUCGAUACCAUUCGCAUGAAAUGCGAUUAAGGCUAAGCAAUGGUGAACCUGAGAAACCCUUGAUAGUUCAUGUUGGACGGCUUGGAGUAGAAAAGAGUUUAGAUUUUCUUAAAGGGCUCAUGAAUAAACUUCCUGAAGCUCGAAUUGCUUUUAUUGGAGAUGGACCAUACAGGGUGGAGCUAGAAAAAUUGUUUGAAGGUAUGCCUGCGGUAUUCACAGGAAUGUUAGAAGGAGAAGAACUCUCUCAAGCAUAUGCUAGUGGAGAUGUAUUCGUCAUGCCUUCAGAGUCCGAGACACUUGGAUUCGUUGUUUUGGAAGCCAUGUCUUCAGGGAUACCUGUGGUGGCCGCACGCGCUGGAGGCAUUCCAGAUAUAAUCCCUGCAGAUCAAGAAGGUAAAACCGGCUAUCUCUACAAUCCAGGUGAUCUCGAAGAUUGCUUGAGUAAAUUGGAGCCACUUUUGUUUGACAAACAGUUGAGAGAAACCAUAGGAAAAGCUGCCCGCAAUGAGAUGGAGAAAUUUGACUGGAAGGCAGCCACGCGAAAGGUUCGCAAUGAGCAAUACAAUGCUGCGAUUUGGUUUUGGCGCAAGAAAAGGGCAAUACUAUUUAGACCGUUACAAUGGAUUACUAAACGUGUUUUCCGGUCUCCACAAGUCAAUUAUAGAUAA